UAACUUGUGUGCUAUAUUCUAAUUUUGAAUGAAGAUCGGCAACACUGAAGAUAGUUUCAUGUUGAUGAUUUUUAUUUUUAUUUUUUAUUUUUUCAUGUUGACAAGAUCUUUUUUUUUUUUUUUCCUGUUCUUCCGGUCUCUCAUCUUAGGCUCAUUCUUCACACAAAUUUUCAGAAAACGAGUUUUCUUAAAUUUUAGUGGUAUUUCCUUAAAAAUGGGUUUCUUUACUAAUUCAUGAAUGUCUGAUACUUAAAGGAGAAAUUAGAUUGUUUCAAAUGUGACUUAAGAAUCCUCAACAUCUUUACUUAAAGAAAGAUUAGACUUCUUCGAACGAGACAUAAGAAUCCUCUACAUCUUUGUGGAUAAUCGUACUUAGUAGCAAAGAUAUUAACAUUUAAACAAACAUUUUAGGCUUAAUGAUAAAACUAUCAAUGACCAUGAAGUCCAAUGUAGGCAGAGAUCUUGCAGUUGAGGUUAUCUGGAGUUUAUACCAUGCUUGGAGUCACAAAUACAAGUGAGCCCAAGACUUGUCAAAUCAGGCGGAGGCGAACUUGAUCAAGUGAGCGCUGAUUGAGCAUAACUCUAAUGUCCUAGCCUAGAUCAAGCUGGAAAUAAUUGGCUCAGCUAGGUUUUCUUGCUUCACGAUUAAUACUGGUGAAAAAAGGUGUUUGUAGCAAUGAGAAUUGUGAGGUAUCUUUGAAACCAUAAUAUUCAGAGCAAUGUGAAAAUGAUCAGUGGUGAUUUACGGCACUGCUUCAGAGCAGCAAUUUCUGUUAAGAACUCUGCAUCUAAGAGCGGUUGCUUCUCAGUGCACCUCCCCUAAAAACUGCUUAUAUUAUAACAGAAGCUUUCCAUAAGAUGCCUUCAUUCGUCAGCUUCCGAGGAAAAGCCGAAAAUUGAACAAUAAGAUUGGCAGGUCCUCUGAGUCGACACACAUUUCAACCAUGAAAAAAGUCACUUUUCUUCCAUAUUUUCAGGUAAAGAGCUAACAUAUCACCAUAGAGAUGAUUGCCGAUGUUGCUUGAUGUUGUGCUAUAUAUAUUUCUAAUGCUUGCUUGCAAGAAGAUAUACCAAAACCAGCUAUCAUCAAUCUUUCCAUAUUUAAUAAUUUCCAAUUCUUAAUGCAUACUGCUAAGUUUUUCUUGGUGCUUCUCUCUGCGGCCCUAGUGUUGGGGCUUGCAGAGAGCUUCGACUUCCAUGAGAAAGAUCUCGCCUCAGAAGAGAGCCUUUGGGAUCUAUACGAAAGAUGGAGGGCACACCAUACUGUCUCCCGGGACCUCCAGGAGAAGCAGAGGCGGUUUAACGUGUUCAAGGCUAAUGCCCGUCAUGUUCACCAAACGAACAAGAUGGAUAAGCCUUAUAAGCUAAAGCUGAACAUGUAUGCUGACAUGACUAACCACGAGUUUAGAACCUCUUAUGGGUCUAAAAUCGCGCAUCACAGAAUGUUCCACCCACGUCCAGUGACAGAGUUCAUGCAUGGUAAACUAGAAGAUGUUCCUGCUUCUGUUGAUUGGAGAGCUAAAGGAGCUGUUACCCCUGUUAAGAAUCAGGGGAAUUGCGGUAGCUGUUGGGCAUUCUCAACUGUAGCUGCAGUAGAAGGAAUCAACCAGAUCAAAACCAAACAAUUAGUCUCGCUCUCUGAGCAGGAACUGGUGGAUUGUGACCAUGACAACGAAGGCUGCAACGGAGGACUUGUUGAGCAUGCUUUGGGUUACAUCAAGAAAGCUGGUGGAGUGGUCGCAGAAACCACCUACCCAUAUGCAGCUAAGGAUGAAACAUGCAACUCAGCUAAGACCAACACACCUGUGGUGAAGAUUGAUGGCUAUGAGGUGGUGCCUGAAAAUAAUGAGGACGCUUUGACGAAAGCCGUCGCAAACCAACCUGUUUCCGUGGCUAUUGAUGCUAGCGGUUCUGAUAUGCAGCUUUACUCUGAGGGUGUGUUUAGUGGAAAAUGUGGAACAGACUUGGACCAUGCAGUAACAGCAGUAGGGUACGGAAUAACACAAGACGGAACCAAGUAUUGGAUAGUGAAGAACUCAUGGGGCCCUGGAUGGGGUGAGAAGGGCUACAUUCGGAUGCAACGCGGUGUUAGUGCCAAAGAAGGACUGUGUGGCAUUGCAAUGGAUGCAUGCUACCCUAUCAAGUCGUCUUCUGACAAUCCGCAGCCUGCUAAGGAUGAACUCUGAAGCAUCAUAAGACUUCAGUAUUACCAGGAUAUCAAUUUGUUGAAGUGAAAUUAGCCUCAUUUAGUUUCUUUUAAUUGCAAAAUUAGGCAUACUUUUUUUUUUUUUUUACUUCGUAUUUUUACAUAUCAGUUGAAUAAUACUAAAUGUUUGGCAAGAAAUAAAUACUUCAAAAUUUGAUCAUUUUCAGAUAUCAAUCAUUAAAGUGGAAGCAUGUUAUUUUUCUUGC